AUGAUUGGCUCACCACAGAAUUUUCCUCAGUUCUCGAAACUGCCACUCGAGUUGAGAGAUCAAAUCUGGGGAUAUGCACUUCCCGAGCCAAGAGUAUACGAGGUGCUGGAUUCACCAUGCUCCGCUCAGACACAGUCGACGCCUUCGAGCCGCCUCAUGUUUGCAGACGUCCGCAACGAACCGCCGCCGGCCAUUGCCAGAGUCUGCCGCGAUGCGCGCCACGCCGUGCUCCGGCGCUAUCGACCGCUCGUGUUUGCCAGCACGGUCAAGCACAUUGAUCUCUCGCGCGACAUUUUGCUCUUGGACUCGUAUCUGCAGGUCAAGAGGCUGCUCAAGGUGGUCCGGCUGCUCAGCCAGGUGGAAGCCGUGCGGACCAAGGCCUGCCGCAUCGCCUUGGGCACGUCGUGGGGCUUCUACACGGGACUGCACCUCCGGCUCUUUCACAAGACGGUCCAGACGAAGCGCAACAUGUCGAAAUUCAUGGAACAUAUAUCCAAGUUUCGGCGCUUGAAAACCAUUAUACUAGUCGUCUACCAACGCUCUGCAUUUAAUUUGCGACUCAAAGACCCGGACCGCCAACCCUUGCCUUGGCGGCAUUACGAUUGGUAUGAACCGUACCACUUCAAUUUCAACAUCAACUUCAACUUUGACAACUACUUUCUCCGGCGGCCAUAUCAGAGCCGGCUCGUACGCUACGAGCCCGAGGUGGAAAAGGCUGACAAGCCCGAGCCGACAAGCAUGUGCCAGUCCAAGCAGCAGCAACAAGCCAUCGAUCCGCACCCUCGUGGUUAUCAGGUUCACGACCUCAAAGAUACUUUUGAGAACUGGAUAAAGAAGCUGUCCGAUGAGGGUACAUUGGGAGAUUUUGAGCCCCCGAGCUUGGAGACGGCUACGCUGACGUGGAUCUACACGGGCGUUGGCUACUAA